AUGUGUAGCACCCAAGCCGAUGGCUUAUCGCGCUCGGCAGACAAUAUCGACGGACGUGAGAUCCUGCCUACGAAUGUCAAGCCAUUACACUACAAUCUGACGCUCGAACCAAACUUCGACAAUUUCACUUAUGAUGGAACUGUUGUUAUUGAUCUCCAGGUGAAUGAGGAGACUAACUUCAUUUCCCUUAAUUCCAACGAGAUUGAGAUCCAUAGCGCAGCUAUCUCUUCCCAGGGCUCGGUGAUUGAAGCCCAGCCCGAUAUCUCCCUGAACAAAGACAUCCAAGUCGUGACCAUCAGCUUCUCUCGGGCUAUUCCAGCGGGAUCUGACACCCAGUUGACAUUAGUCUUUACCGGCAUUCUCAAUGAGAAUAUGGCGGGUUUUUACCGAUCGUCAUAUAAGAUGGAGGACGGAAAGACAGAAUAUCUGGCAGCAACCCAGAUGGAAGCGACGGACGCCCGCCGGGCGUUCCCUUGCUUUGAUGAACCUUCCCUGAAGGCUAGAUUCACUCUCACCCUGAUCGCUGACAAAAGCAUGACUUGUUUGGGCAAUAUGGAUGUUGCGUCGGAGUCUGAUUUCCGAGGAAAGAAAGCGGUCAAAUUCAAUACCUCGCCCCUUAUGUCCACCUAUCUUAUUGCUUUCGUCGUUGGACACCUCAACUUUAUUGAAAGCAAUAGUUUCCAUAUUCCGAUUCGUGUCUACGCUACACCGGAACAGGACAUCGAGCACGGCCGCUUUUCUUUAGAACUUGCCGCUAAGACGCUGGAUUUCUACGAGAAGGCGUUUGAUAGCCAAUUCCCGUUGCCGAAGAUGGACAUGGUGGCUAUUCCAGACUUUGAGGGAGCAAUGGAAAAUUGGGGGUUGAUCACCUAUCAAAGUAUCUAUUUGCUACUGGAUGAGAAGACUAUCAGUGCCUCGCGCAAGCAGAUUAUCGCCGAGACCGUUCAGCAUGAGCUAGCUCACCAAUGGUUCGGUAAUCUAGUCACUAUGGACUUCUGGGAUGGUUUGUGGCUGAAUGAGGGUUUCGCGACGUGGAUGUCGUGGUAUUCGUUCAAUGUCUUCUACCCUGAGUGGAAGGUCUGGGAGAAUUAUGUUGUCGACAACCUACAGGAUGCCUUCUCAUUGGACUCACUACGCAGCAGUCACCCAAUCGAGGUCCCUGUCAAGCGCACGGACGAGAUAAACCAGAUUUUUGAUGCUAUAUCCUACUGCAAGGGUUCGUCUGUCCUACGCAUGAUAUCAAAAUACCUUGGGGAGGACGUUCUAUUACAAGGUGUACAAAACUACAUCAAGACGCACGCCUAUGGCAAUACCAAGACUAGCGAUCUAUGGGCAGCCUUGGCUAAUACUAGUGGCAAGCCCGUGAAAUCGGUUAUGGAAACCUGGACUAAGAAUGUCGGAUUCCCUGUCAUUAGUGUUACAGAGGACAAGGACUCAUCCACUAUUCAUGUGAAGCAGAACCGUUUUCUGCAAACUAAUGACGUUCGGCCGGAUGAAGACACCGUCAUUUACCCUGUGAUGCUCGCACUCCGUACCACACAGGGUGUGGAGGAGUUAAUGCUAGCCGAGAGGGAAGGCAGCUUCAAGGUGCCUGAUCUGGAUUUCUUUAAGCUUAAUGCUGACCACUCUGGAUUAUACCGCACCUCGUAUAGUCCUGAGCGUCUCGCCCUACUAGGCAAGGCCGCUAAGCUAGGCAAAUUGACCGUUGAAGACCGGGCGGGAAUGAUUGCCGACGCCGGCGCCUUGGCCGCCUCAGGGCAUCAGCGUACGUCUAGUAUCCUCGAAUUGCUUCAGAAUAUGGACUCCGAGACCGAGUUCGUAGUCUGGAGCCAGAUACUAAACGUACUUGAAACUCUGCAUACUGGUUGGAUCUUCGAAAAUGGCGAAACCAAAGAAGCUCUUAAGUGUUUCCAACGCAAGCUGGUUUCUGAUAAAGCUCACGAGCUGGGUUGGCAAUUUUCUGAUGGCGAUGAUCAUGUUCGGCAGCAGUUUAAAGCCCUUCUAUUUGGAUCUGCCGGUAUAGCUAAGGAUGCGACUAUCGUCCAGGCUGCGAAGUAUAUGUUCGGCAGUUCUGCUAUACACCCCAACAUCCGCGACGAUGUCUUUAGGAUUGUCUUGAAGCACGGCGGUGCCAAAGAAUACGACCUUGUCCUUGAUCGAUUCCGCAAUUCCCCCAGUUCGGAGGAAAGGUUCAGCGCCUUGGGCAGCCUUGGGGCAGCUGAAGAUCCGGCUCUCAUUCGGCGCACUCUUGACCUUACUAUCAGCACUGAGGUCAAGAGUCAAGAUAUCACUGAGCCGCUUAGCUGUCUCCAGAAGCAUGCGGCAGGCAUCGAGGCGAGCUGGUCUUGGGUUAAGAGCAACUGGGACUCCUUGGUCAAGCGUCUUCCGCCAUCCCUCGAUAAACUUGGCCGGCUUGUGCAGAUGACUACGUCCAGUUUUUGCACAGAAGAGCAGAUGAAAGACGUCGAAGGCUUUUUCUCUUCUAUUGAUGCUAAGGACUUCGACCGUUCUCUUGAGCAAAGCCUUGAUGCUAUCCGCGUCAAGAUCCACUGGCUUCAUCGGGACCGUGAAGACGUGGCCACAUGGCUAAGCAAGAAUAAGUAUCUCAAGGCUACUUAG